AAGCUUAGUGACUCUACUCGUUCUCCAGCCAUAACAUCGUCCCUCGCAUCCCAUUGCUAUACUAUAUCUCGUGUCUCCCACCAAGCUCAGUAUACUGCGAUUCUGUCACCAACUCAUAAAUACACGACUCGACUGAACCUGGACCCGAUAACUCUCAGGUUCCUUUCUUCCUCGUUCCUUGUCAUCGCGCUUCCCUACGUUGACGUUUAUUACCCUCUCCCUUAUAAUCCACUCCGUCAUAUAUAACUUGAGCAAGUAACGACACUCUUGAGCAGGUCAUUUCCUCGCCAUGGCAUACUCAUCUCUGACGCCCUCUCGUCCCGCUCCCCCCGUUCCUUCCCGUACCAUCUCGUCGCCACCCUCCGUCCUUCAGUCAACAUCGCGACUGCCAGCUUCUUCUGCCUUUUCCUCUACUGCCUAUGGCUCUGGAUUUCCUACUAUAUCAUCUGCUACGUUCGGAAACACUAGCAUCAGAGGCGCCAGCGAAAGAAGUAUUUCGACCGUCAGAACCGGCCCAGUCAGCGUCAAAGAAGAGGGUCUGAAGAGCUUCCUCUGGAGACAGAAAUGGCUUGUUCUCGGAGGCAUGGAUUUGCAGAUCUUCAAAAACGAGCAAUCAAACACUCCCCAGUUUGUGUGUAGCCUUGCCGAAGUUCAAGAUAUUCAGCGAGUCGAUCUGAAGCCUUUCUGUAUCGAGAUCGAAGUCAAGGACAAGUUAUUCUACUUCGCUUUCCGAUCCGACGAAGAAUUGUAUGGCUGGAUGGAAGAUAUCUAUUCACGUUCGCCACUGAUGGGUGUGAGCGCACCGACGAACUUCGUUCAUCAGGUCCAUGUGGGAUUUGACCCUGAUACCGGCGGCUUCACGGGAUUGCCACCCCAAUGGGCCAAACUGCUGACUAGCUCCGCCAUUACGAAAGAAGAGGCUGCCCGACAUCCUGAGGCUGUGCUGGACGUUCUGGAAUUCUACACUAGGCAGCAGAUGGGUGAUGCCGGACCGAGCUAUCAGCCGACCUCAGUGCCGGCUCUUCCCCCAUCUGGAAGGUCAAACUCCAGUGCCGCAGGUCGUUUUGAGGGAGUCGGCUUAGCAGGCAAGCAAAUACAAGAUCGAUCCCCUCAAGAAAUCAUCCACGCGCUCGAUCAGCAAGCAUCCCGACGCGAAGCCGGUCAGACUCGGCCACUACAACCCCAGCGGGCUCUCAAACAAGAUACGGGCAAGCUUGAAUCCACCGCCCCUCGAAGCUUACUCGCUGAGAGGACCGCACCUGCACCUCCCCGUGCUCCUCCUGCUUCUCGUAUUGUGGAGCCCAAAGCUUCUCGGAGCGAUGCCAUAACGCCCGAAGCUGUUGCGGCCCCUCCUCCCCAGAUUCCUGCUCCUGCCUCCGGUCGCGCAGAGCGACGAAUUAGCACGAUGAGUGAGGCCCAGAUCAUGGACAAGUUACGCUCCGUCGUGAGGCCCGAGGAUCCCUCACAGCUGUAUUCUCGAAUCAAAAAGGUCGGCCAAGGUGCCUCAGGCAUGGUUUUUGUUGCCAAGACCUUGGCAACAGGUCGCAAGGUCGCCAUCAAGCAGAUGGACCUCGCUCAGCAGCCCCGCAAGGAGCUCAUCGUCAAUGAAAUUAUUGUCAUGCGCGACUCGCAGCAUCCGAACGUCGUUAACUUUCUUCAGGCGUUCUUAAUCCGCAACUCGGAAUUGUGGGUCGUGAUGGAAUACAUGGAGGGCGGAGCGUUGACGGACGUCAUCGAGAACAACAAGCUGGAAGAGCGGCAGAUCUCGGCUAUCUGCCUAGAGACAUGCCGCGGCCUGCAACACCUGCACUCAAGGAGCAUCAUACACCGUGACAUCAAGUCAGAUAAUAUACUCAUGAAUGCCCAGGGGGAAGUCAAAAUUACCGACUUUGGCUUCUGUGCCAAGCUCACCGACCAAAAGUCUAAGCGCGCUACCAUGGUCGGAACACCUUACUGGAUGGCGCCCGAGGUCGUGAAGCAGAAGGAGUACGGCGCCAAGGUCGAUAUUUGGUCGCUCGGCAUUAUGGCCAUCGAAAUGAUCGAGAAUGAACCGCCGUAUCUAGACGAGGAGCCACUCAAAGCCCUGUAUCUCAUCGCCACCAACGGAACACCAACCCUCAAAAACCCCGACAAGCUCAGCCAGGAUCUGAAGCACUUCCUUAGCGUAUGCCUCUGCGUCGAUGUCAGCUUCAGAGCGACGAGUGCAGAACUUCUGAAGCAUCAGUUCCUCGAACUCGCAUGCCCUGUGAGAGAUCUAGCACCUCUACUCGAAUUUAAACAAGGCUCUGGUUGAGGUCGCGUCACAGGGGGGUAAUGAAGUCAGUACGGGGGUCAAGAGGCCAUUACGCACCGCAGACGACUGCCAUGAUGUCAAUCUAGAUAGUCGACGGCCGACGGGUAUAGCUAUGGCACGGAUAUGGAUAUACAGUAUGGACCACUAAACAAUUUCCCGAUCAACUUGCACCGUCACUGCCAGAUUCUGCUGCCCAGGCCCAUUCUUCGCGAAAAUCGGGGACAAAGAGGCAGACUCCGGCUCGACUCCUUCCUUGAUAAUCUCGUCCCCCCAGAUCGGAGCUGAUUGGACGACGCUAGAACCCAGUUUUGGGACGAACGAUAAGCUUGCUGUAGGUUUCCUGCCACGAGUCAUCAAUUUUCUUGUGGUUUUGAACAUUCUCAAGUAAUCAUUGACUGCCUCGUCGGAAACUCCGAAGAACAGAAAGAAGAUGAAGGUCAAGAGGGGAUACAAGUAGCGAUGGAGACUGAAGGCGGCGAC